UUUGGUUGGAAAGGACCACCGUGGGUCGUCUGGUCCAACCUCCCUGCUUAAGCAGGGUCAUCCCAGAGCACACUGCACAGAAUUGCAUCCAGACGGUUCUUGAAUAUUUCCAGAGAGGGAGACUCCACAAACUCUCUGAGCAAGAAGCGCUGUUCUGCAAGAGAGGAGGCCCCAAGAAGAGAAAUGGACUUUGCUUUAAAAGUAGAACAAGACAGACAAAGGUACCGCUGGCCCGGCCCGGCCCGCCCCAGGAAGCUGCCACAACCGCCGCCCGUCCGACCGCCCCGUGCCGCUCCCGGCCCGGCAAUCUGGCCCCGCGGCGGCUCCAUCUGCCUCGGCUCCUGCUGCGCUCCGGCUGCUCUGCCUCGCCAUGGCCGCUUCCUCCUCCUCCUCGGCGGCCGCGCUGCGCCCGGUCACUCACCUGAUCUUUGACAUGGACGGGCUGCUGCUGGAUACUGAAUGUCUCUAUUCAAAAGUGUUUGAAGAGAUCUGUGGGCGUUUUGGAAAGACCUAUAGCUGGGAUGUGAAAUCCUUGGUUCUAGGUAGACAAGCCCUAGAAGCAGCAGAGUUUAUUCGAGAUACUCUAGACCUUCCAAUAACUAAAGAAGAGUUAUUAAUUGAAAGUAAAGUGAAGCUGGAGAAGAUAUUCCAUACUGCUGAGUUGAUGCCAGGGGUCAGUAAGCUGAUCCAUCAUUUACACAAACACAAGAUACCCGUAGCUGUUGCCAGCAGCUCAAGCGAAGAGUCAUUUCAGAGAAAAAUAACCAGACACAAAGAUUUUUUUGGUCUUUUUCAUCAUAUUGUGUUGGGAGAUGACCCUGAAUUGAAGCGUGGCAAGCCACAUCCUGAUCCAUUUUUACUCUGUGCAGAGAGAUUUCACCCUCCUGUACCACCAGAGAAGUGUCUUGUGUUUGAAGAUUCACCACAGGGAGUCAAAGGAGCCCUGGCAGCGGGAAUGCAAGUGGUUAUGAUUCCAGAUGAAAGAUUAAAUCCAGAUCUUAAAAAGGAGGCAACACUGGUGCUGAAGUCCAUGGAAGAUUUCCAACCAGAACUGUUUGGUUUACCAGCAUAUGAUUGAUGCCUAAUACCUAUGAACAUGAUCUUGACUGGAGAUAAAUUAAAAGUGAAAUGAAAUUUUAUUUUGGUAUAUGAUUGUUUUUCAUCUUUUAUUCUCUUCCUCAAAACUAUAGCACAAAAAUCCUGUUAACAGUCAGUCUUUUACACAUUGCCUUGGAUAAACUGUCUGGAAUGUUUAUGAUUUGUCCUUUUAAUAAAUACUAAAUUAAAGCAGCAUCUUUCUGUUAAGUGAAUCCAGCCUUGUUCAUAAUGUUUUCUGGAAAUAUUAUGGAACUAUUUAGACAAUUUAUUGUGAUUGCAUUGGAAGCUUCUUGUUCUGUUUCCACUUGAAUUACUUACUGUUUACAUCUUAAUCAGAAAUCUUUUCUGGAUUGCCUUUUAUCCCAUUAAAAUGUUUUUGACACUA